AUGAACAAGGUCUUCCCCGAGGGUCCCUCCAAUGAUCGCACGUCUGCAGGAGCCAAAGGAGCAGGCCGCCACCGCCUGGGCUGCUCGCGGGCAGGGCUCUGCCUCUCAGCCUCUCUGCUGCUCCUGCUGGCAAUGCUCGCGGCUCUGCUGGCCCUGGUCGCCGUCCUCGGACUCCCUCCGCGCACGCCAGUGGCCCAGGCCUGUAUGACACCGGCCAACAGGACGGGCUUCCUGUGCCACGACCGGAUUCACUGUGUCCCGGCCAGCAGCGUCUGUGAUGGCACCCGCACCUGCGCCCACGGCGAGGAUGAGGACGAGGCUUUGUGCCGAAACGUGCCCCACAGCCUCCCCAACUUCCUGCUGGCCUCCUGCGGAGACCGGGCCUCCUGGAUUUACUCAGACCAGCGCUGUGACGGGGUGAACAACUGUGGGGACUGCUCUGACGAACAGAGCCCAGUGUCCGAGUGCCCGGCCUGUGGCCCCGGCUGGUGGCGCUGCUCCCCGACCCUCUUCAAGUACUGUGACUGCAUCCCGAGGAGCCUCUGCCGGGACGGCAGGCAGGACUGUGCCGACUGGUCCGACGAGUACUCCUGUCCCGGGCCCUGA